UUUGUUUGUGGAGCUCGAGGACAGCGCGCGUGCGGACCUGUUGUGUGACUCGAGGAGGCAGCACCCGGAUGAGGCCGAGUCUCUGGCUCGUCUCUCGGGCAUUGUGCGCGGAAUAAACGCCAGUUAAGAGUUCGAAGGCAGGCUCCCACUUUUUUUUUUGACGGCACCCUUGGAUGUUUUUUCAACGACGAGUUAGCGAUUUAAAACAGGAUUUUCAAUGUGGAUUCGAGGAUGUCAGAAGCAGAUGAGCAGUGUGGAGGGGCGCAGUAUGCCAGCAGUACCAGGGCCCCUCACUCUGGCGACACCUCCGCAGCACUGUGGUCAGAGAGCCCGUCCUACGGGCCCCAGGGGCCCUCCCUCCUCCCGGGGCUCUCCCAGCCCCAGGGCCCCCCCCAGCCGCCAGCCAGCGCCGGCAAACCCGUGGGCUCCGCUCUGGGCCUGCUCAGGACCAACAGCGCGGGGCGGGGCCUCACGGUGGCGGGCUUCAGCGGCUCCGGGGGCCCGGGGGCCCGAACGACAGAGUCCGGCGUCAACCCGGUUCUCGCCUGGCACGCCGCCAUCACCGCCGCCCGCCAAGCCCAGGGCGAGGCGGCCGGGUCAGAGGACACGAUGAGCCCCGGGCCCCCGGGGCCCCUGGCCGGCGGGGGCGGGGGGGCGUCCGGCUCGGCAGUGGCGCCGGCGGGCCUGCUGUCCCAGAGGAAGAGGCAGCAGUACGCCAAGAGCAAGAAGCAGGGAGGCUCCACAAACAGCCGGCCGCCCAGAGCGCUGUUCUGCCUCACACUCAACAACCCGGUACGCAGGGCCUGCAUCAGCCUGGUGGAGUGGAAACCGUUUGAUAUCUUUAUAUUACUGUCCAUAUUUGCCAACUGUGUGGCCUUAGCCAUAUACAUCCCCUUCCCCGGAGAUGACUCCAACUCUACCAACCAGGAACUGGAAACUGUGGAGUAUGCCUUUCUCAUCAUCUUCACAAUAGAGACGUUCCUGAAGAUCGUUGCCUAUGGUCUCGUCAUGCACCAGAACUCCUACGUGCGCAACGGCUGGAACAUGUUGGACUUUGUCAUCGUCGUCGUGGGCUUGUUCAGCGUGGUGCUGGAGCUGAUCACCAAAGACGCCGACUCCGGCUCCCAGACGGGGGGCAAGCCGGGGGGCUUUGACGUCAAAGCCCUCCGGGCGUUCCGCGUGCUGCGGCCCCUGCGCCUGGUCUCUGGAGUGCCCAGUUUACAGGUGGUUCUAAACUCCAUCAUCAAAGCCAUGGUUCCCCUGCUGCAUAUCGCCCUGCUGGUCCUCUUUGUCAUCAUCAUCUAUGCCAUCAUCGGCCUGGAGCUCUUCAUCGGCAAGAUGCACGCCACCUGCUACCUAGGCCAGGCCCUGGCGGAGGAGGAGCCCACCCCCUGCACGCUCACGGGUCACGGGCGCCAGUGUCUGAACGGUAGCGAGUGCCGCGACGACUGGCACGGCCCCAACAACGGCAUCACCAACUUCGACAACUUCCUGUUUGCCAUGCUGACCGUCUUCCAGUGCAUCACCAUGGAGGGCUGGACCGACGUGCUGUACUGGAUGAAUGAUGCGAUGGGCUUCGAGCUGCCCUGGCUUUACUUCGUCAGUCUGGUUAUCUUUGGCUCCUUCUUCGUCCUGAACCUUGUUUUGGGAGUGUUGAGUGGAGAGUUCUCCAAGGAGCGCGAGAAGGCGAAGGCGCGUGGAGACUUCCAGAAGCUGCGUGAGAAGCAGCAGCUGGAGGAGGACCUGAAGGGCUACCUGGAUUGGAUCACGCAGGCCGAGGACAUCGACCCAGAGAACGACGAGGACUGCGACGAAGACGGCAAGCGCAACCGUGUCACCUUAGCCGACCUCACUGAGAAGAAGAAAGGAAAGUUUGGCUGGUUCACUCAGUCUACAGAAACACAGGCGAGCAUACCCACGAGCGAGACUGAAUCUGUGAACACGGAGAACCCCAACGGAGAGGAGGGCCGCUCCAAAUGCUGCGGUCAGAUAUGUCUAAACAUCAGCAAGUCCAGGGGCAGUCGCCAGUGGCGGCGGUGGAACCGUUUUUGCCGCAGGAAGUGCCGGGCGGCGGUGAAGUCGGUGACCUUCUAUUGGCUGGUCAUCGUCCUGGUGUUCCUCAACACGCUGACCAUCUCCUCGGAGCACUACAACCAGCCGGAUUGGCUCACUGAAGUACAGGACGUGGCCAACAAGGUGCUCCUGGCCAUGUUCACUCUGGAGAUGCUGGUGAAGAUGUACAGCCUGGGCCUGCAGGCUUACUUUGUGUCGCUGUUCAACCGCUUCGACUGCUUCGUGGUAUGCGGGGGCAUCGUGGAGACCAUCCUGGUGGAGCUGGCUGUCAUGUCACCGCUGGGCAUCUCCGUGUUCCGCUGUGUGCGGCUGCUGCGCAUCUUCAAGGUCACACGGCAUUGGGCGUCGCUAAGCAACCUGGUGGCGUCGCUGCUGAACUCCAUGAAGUCCAUCGCCUCCCUGCUGCUGCUGCUCUUCCUCUUCAUCAUCAUCUUCUCCCUGCUGGGCAUGCAGCUGUUCGGGGGAAAGUUCAACUUCGACGAGACGGUCACCAAGAGGAGCACCUUCGACAACUUCCCCCAGGCCCUGCUCACCGUGUUCCAGAUCCUGACGGGCGAGGACUGGAACCAGGUCAUGUACGACGGCAUCAUGGCGUACGGUGGCCCCGCCUCCUCGGGCAUGGUGGUCUGCAUCUACUUCAUCAUCCUCUUCAUCUGUGGAAACUACAUCCUGCUGAACGUCUUCUUGGCCAUCGCCGUUGACAACCUGGCAGAUGCUGAGAGCCUCAACACGGCUCAGAAAGAGGAAGAGGAGGCAAAGAAGAGGAAGAACAAUGCCAUCUGUACAAUUGCUGACAGGAAGAAAGUAGAGGCCAAGCCAGAGAGAAGAGAAACCAAGGUGGCGGUAGAGAGUGGACUGGAGGAAGAUAAAGAGCCAUACCCUACUUUAGAUACUUCAGCGUGUGAAGAGGAAGAGGAGGAUCUACCAGAGAUUCCUCCGGGGCCACGCCCCCUCAGGAUGUCCGAGCUCACCAUGAAGGAGAAGACUCCGCCCAUCCCCGAGGGCAGCGCCUUCUUCAUCUUCAGCAGCACCAACCCGUUCCGCGUGCUCUGCCACAAGCUCAUCAACCACCAGAUCUUCACCAACCUCAUCCUCGUCUUCAUCAUGCUCAGCUCCGUCUCCCUGGCUGCGGAGGACCCCAUUCGCAACUUCUCCAGACGCAACUUCAUACUUGGUUAUUUUGACUAUGCUUUCACCGCAAUCUUUACUGUUGAGAUCCUCUUGAAGAUGACAGCGUUCGGCGCGUUCCUCCAUAAAGGGGCGUUCUGUAGGAACUACUUCAACCUCUUAGACCUGCUGGUGGUGGGCGUGUCUCUGGUUUCCUUCGGAAUUCAGUCCUCUGCCAUCUCCGUGGUGAAGAUCCUCCGCGUUCUCCGAGUGCUGAGGCCCCUGAGGGCCAUCAACAGAGCCAAGGGACUCAAGCACGUGGUCCAGUGUGUGUUCGUGGCCAUCCGAACCAUCGGUAACAUCAUGAUCGUCACCACCCUGCUGCAGUUCAUGUUUGCCUGCAUCGGGGUGCAGCUCUUCAAGGGCAAGUUUUAUCGCUGCACAGACGAUGCCAAGUCAAGCCCUGACGAGUGCAAGGGCAACUACAUCCAGUACACCAACGGCGACACGGCCCUGCCCAUGCUCAGGGAGAGGAAGUGGAACAACAGUGACUUCAACUUUGACAACGUUCUCAUGGCGAUGAUGGCCCUCUUCACCGUCUCCACCUUUGAGGGUUGGCCCUCCCUGCUGUACAAAGCCAUCGACUCCAACCGGGAGAACAUGGGUCCCAUCUACAACUACCGCGUGGAGAUCUCCAUCUUCUUCAUCAUCUACAUCAUCAUCAUCGCCUUCUUCAUGAUGAACAUCUUCGUGGGUUUCGUCAUCGUCACCUUCCAGGAGCAAGGGGAGAAGGAGUACAAGAACUGUGAGCUGGACAAGAACCAGCGCCAGUGCGUAGAGUACGCUCUGAAAGCCCGGCCUUUGCGCCGCUACAUCCCCAAGAACCCGUACCAGUACAAGUUCUGGUACGUGGUCAACUCCACGGGCUUCGAGUAUGUCAUGUUCGUGCUCAUCAUCCUCAACACCCUCUGUCUGGCCAUCCAGCACUAUAAGCAGUCUGACAUGUUUAGCUCUGCCAUGGACAUCCUCAACAUGGUCUUCACCGGAGUGUUCACCGUCGAGAUGAUCUUGAAGCUCAUCGCCUUCAAACCAAGGGGCUACGUGGGCGACGCCUGGAACGUCUUUGACGCUCUGGUGGUGAUCGGGAGUGUAGUCGAUAUCGUCCUCAGUCAGUCGGCAGCCCUUCCUGUCGUCAAGGUGAUAGUGGAACCAGGGAACCAGGACAGCGCACGCAUCUCCAUCACCUUCUUCCGCCUGUUCCGGGUGAUGCGGUUGGUCAAGCUGCUGAGCAGGGGGGAGGGGAUCAGAACCCUGCUGUGGACCUUCAUCAAGUCGUUUCAGGCUCUUCCCUACGUUGCCCUUCUGAUCGCCAUGCUCUUCUUCAUCUAUGCAGUCAUCGGAAUGCAGGUGUUUGGGAAAAUAGCAAUGGUGGACGGAACACAUAUCAACCGCAACAACAACUUCCAGACGUUUCCACAGGCUGUCCUGAUGCUCUUCAGGUGUGCGACAGGUGAAGCAUGGCAGGAGAUAAUGCUGGCCUGUAUGCCGAGCGAAAAUUGUGACUCUGAGUCGGGGGAGAAGAGCUGUGGCAGCGGCUUCGCCAUCAUCUACUUCAUCAGCUUCUACAUGCUCUGCGCCUUCCUGAUCAUUAACCUGUUUGUGGCCGUCAUCAUGGACAACUUUGACUACCUUACUCGGGAUUGGUCCAUUCUGGGGCCACAUCACCUGGAUGAGUUCAAGAGGAUCUGGUCCGAAUACGACCCUGAAGCCAAGGGUCGGAUCAAACAUCUGGACGUGGUGACCCUGCUGAGGAGGAUCCAGCCUCCCCUGGGCUUCGGGAAGCUCUGUCCCCACCGGGUGGCGUGCAAGCGUCUGGUGGCGAUGAACAUGCCUCUGAACAGCGAUGGCACGGUGAUGUUCAACGCCACGCUGUUCGCCCUGGUCCGGACCGCGCUGAAGAUCAAGACUGAGGGUAACCUGGACCUGGCCAACGAGGAGCUGAGGGCGGUCAUCAAGAAGAUCUGGAAGAGGACCAGCAUGAAGCUUCUGGACCAAGUGGUUCCAGCCGCAGGCGAUGACGAGAUAACGGUGGGGAAGUUCUACGCCACCUUCCUGAUCCAGGACUACUUCAGGAAGUUCAAGCGACGCAAGGAGCAAGGCCUGGUGGGGAGGCACCCCUGGGAUGGACUCAACACCACCAUGGCACUGCAGGCCGGUCUGCGGACGCUGCACGACAUCGGACCGGAAAUUCGGCGCGCCAUAUCAUGUGACCUGCAGGAGGAGGGGCUGGUGGAGGCCAAUGGAGAGGAGGAGGAGGAGAUCUACAGGCGUAACGGCGGUCUCUUCGGCAACCACGUCUGCCACGCCAACGGGGAACAGCGGGGCUCCGCCCAUCUGUCCAACGUCACCCAGCGGCCGCUGCAGGUGCUCCCGUCCCUCCCCCACGCCACGGGGGCCGGCGACGACGACAGGGGAUGGGCGGGAGGGGCCAUCGCCGCCGAGGCCGCCGCCACCGCCACUGCCGCCGCCUCCUCCCCGCUUCAGCACAACCAUCGCCAGGGCCCCGCCCACCUCCGGGAGCACCCCGGCUGUGACGCCGCCAAGAGGCACCAGUCGCCCGUGUGCUCCAACGCCAACCUCAACAACGCCAACGUGCCCUCCGUGCGGCCCCUGGCCAACGGGACCAGACCCUCGUCACACCGGGAUCCCAACGGGGGCGUGCCGGCGUCGUCUGGCGCGGCCGGCCGGCACGCGGGAGAGCCGGCCGGCCGCAGGAAGUGGAACUCCAGCAGGACUGCUCUGUCUCCUGCUGCACGUAGGAGCAGGACGCGCUACUACGAGGCCUACGUCAGGUCGGAGGCAGGGGGCGGCGCCUACCCCGCUAUUCGCCGAGAGGAGCCGGGGGGCGGGACCAGUGAUGAGGACUGGGGCUCGGGGGAGUACUACAGUGGGGAGGAGUUCAACGAAGACGACAUCAUGUUCACAAGAGACAGGUUGUCUCACAUGGACUACCAUGACGCCGCGGGGGACCAGGACCCCGAAGCCCCCGGGGGUUACUAUGACGACGACCAACAGCCUAUCUUCCAAGAUGGUUGUCGGUCACCCAAGAGGCGGUUUCUUUCCUCGCCGCAACCGUCCGGCAGGUCCACCUUCAGCUUUGAGUGUCUGCGUCGCCAGGGCAGCGACGAGGACCCGCCCCCUCUCUCGCCCUCCUGCACGGCUCUGCCCCUGCACCUCAUGCAGCAGCAGGUGAUGGCAGUAGCCGGCUUUGACACCCGAAGAUUACGACGUCUGUCUCCGACACAGUCGCUACGCUCCUGGGCCACUCCCCCGGCAUCGCCGAUUGGUCGAGACGGCUCGCCCAGCUACACACCCCUCAUCCAGGUGGACUGGCGCAGCCCGGGCAGCAUCGGCAGCAUCCCGGGGUCUCUGCGGAGGUCCUCCUGGUACACAGACGCCCGGGACGGACCCCCCAGCCGGGCCUACUCCCCCUCCCUACUCAGGCUGCCCACCGAGAGCCACGCCCACUUCAUGCAGAAGAGAGGAAGUGCCAACAGUCUGGUGGAGGCGGUGCUGAUCUCGGAGGGGCUGGGCCGCUACGCCCGGGACCCCAAGUUCGUGACGGCCGCCAAGCACGAGAUCGCCGACGCCUGUGCCAUGACCAUCGACGAGAUGGAGAGCGCCGCCUGCCACCUGCUGAACGGCACUAUGGGUAACGGCGGUGGCGGUGGCGGUGGGGCGGCGGCGGUGGGGAACGGCGGUACGGACUCACUCUCCGAAGCGCGGCUCAGGGAGCUAAGUCUCCGUGACUACAGCGACGAGGAGCCGGAGGAGUGCCGGAGUGAGGAGGACCUGACUGACGAGAUGAUAUGCAUCACCACGCUAUAGCCGCCUCCCCCCCCCCCCCCCCGAAGGAGACUAUUUAUUCAGCCCUUUAUUUAUUGAUUAUUUAAUUCUAAUGUUUUUUUUGUUUUUGUUUUUAUAUAUGUAUGGAAUCUUACCUUUUAUCUCCCUUUUAGUUUGAUUAAUUGUCUUCUUUCUGUUCGACAAACUGAACCGCGGAGAAAACGGACAAGCUCACAAAAAGUGCCUUGCCUCCUUCCCCUCCCCGGCCCCCCCCCGCCUCCCCCCUUACCGACACCCUUUUACAAGCGGAGGAGGAAAAAAAAUUUCUCAGCAGCACAGAGGCAGAGAUGGAGCGAGGGGUUUAAGGAUGGAUCGAGGGAGGAUGAAGAAACGGAGGAAAGGAAAACACGUCCUCUGAAAACGUACUACAUUCCUGCUCGCCACUUGAACGCACCGCGAAAGAAUGAUUGUUAGCUUUGUGGUGUUUCAUUGAUUAAAUCGACUUCAUCAACCAGAUGUACAGCUACAUAAUUUCCCUGGUUACAUUCCCCUCAAGGUUCAGAUUCAUAAUGUGAGCCAUAUGUCAAGGAAAGUACCUAAUCAAACCUUAGACACACACACACACGCACACACACACACACACACACACACACACACACACACACACACACACACACACACACACACACACACACACACACGCACACACACACAUUCAACACACGACAAUAUUCUCAUUACACCAUACUUUCUAUUGGUUUGACAAAAUGUGUAUUUCAAUGAACCAUGUCCUCAUUUCUGGGGGAUUAUAGACCUAACCUAACUAAAUAACUGCAGAUAAUCCUAUCUCCAAAUUGUCUACUGAAUGCCCACACUCUUGCUGUAAUCAGAACAUGCCAUGACCCUGCCAAAUCUCCAUCAGACAUUGUAUAUUAAUACUGCCACCCUUCCAGAGAAAAGUUUAACCAUAGGGUAAACAUUGAUGGAUAAUGAGAUGUGCAUUGUAAACAUGCUACCAGUUGGCUUUUAUGUAUGCAUUGAAUUGUUGAAUACAAAGCAUUGAGUCCGUCCUUAGCAUAGCCUCCUUAGGGGUCCAGGCCUGAUAUAAGUCUAGUUCACAGCAGCAACAUGUGGUCAAAACAUUAUGGAUCUCUUUUCAAUAAUAAACUGCCCAUUUAUUUGUGCUUUAACUUAACAGAUAUGACUGGUAAACAGCCAAGUUCAGUGAUGAUUAAAAGGCCUGUAGAUGACAAUAGGAUUUUAAGCAUUUCCUCGCACUAUUAACACGUUGAUUGCAGUUCAACAUGCAGGUAAGUUUUACAAGAGAGCCAUUUCAAGUGUCAAUUUACCAGGAAAACCUACAUACUAAUAUGCAUAUCUUCAGUGUUGAAGCAGUAAAAAGGGAAAAGCACUAACCGGUAUUGCCCAAUACAUACACACUUAGUAGACCCCUGUAAUGGAAGAUGUAUUUUGGUUGAGAAACGACUCGACACACACUUGCUACUUCACUGUACCAGUUCUGGCAAAACACUGCCUGCUUAAAGGUCCCUUCAGAAUAAAAAUGUUUAUAUAGCUGGGAGAGCACAGCAGUAAUGACUGCCUACUUACUGUGUUUGAGUCAGUUACAAAGUGCUUUUGUCACGGCAACCAGAUUCUGUGGAAUCAAAGGGCUACUUUGAUACGUGUGUCAUAAGUUGGGGGGUUUUCCACAGAUGCGGAGAAGGGUAACUGUUGAACUUGGGUAGUUCAACAGGUAAAUAGUCUCUGCCCACUGUGGCUGCUCAUUAAGUCAUGAUUGAAUUGUGUGCAACUCUUUAUAAGACAGGAGGUGGCACUCCCAUCGAAUCAGAACCAAUGGAAAGACUUUUGGAAUAUGAUGUCCAUAUACUGACAUUGAAACCAAUAUUGUGCUGUUAGUUUGCCAACUGUUUAAUUGGUCAACAAUAUUAAGUUGCUAAUAUUUAUAAUUUGUAAAGCGCCACUCUACUUCCAGAUUUGUUAAUACCUAUGGAAGUAGUCCCAGUACAGUAAGAAAAAUAGUGAGGCCCUUCUUUUAUGGCUUUUGUUCCUACUUUUUAUCAAAACAGACAAACACAUCAGGAACCUUUCUUUUUCUUGGACUGAUUUAUUGUUUCAAAUGAUUGUUAGAAAUGUUGCUAACAUGUAUAAAAUCUGUAAAGAAUGUAUACAACUUUACACUUUUAUCCUAAAAACAAUGGAAUCAAGGACACACAUGUAGCUUAGUAACUUUUGUAAAAAUGUACAACUACACAAGACUAUUUUCUGCAUUCAUUCUUUUGAAAUGUAGUGACGUUUUUUGUAAAGACAAACUCUUAAUAAACUCACUAAGAGUUUGAGGUCA